CGUUGAUAAAAUGCGUUACCUUGAUACUCGGAAUUGAUUCUUAUCGGUACGUAAAUUUAAUAUAAAAGAUGUCCAUAAUGAUAAACGGCAUGACAUUCUUAAAGCUGUUACUACAAAGCAAUUUAAUAUUCUUCAUUACGACAACUAUUGUUACCGGCAAAAAUUCGAAACAUGACCCGCUUAAUCAUCUACCACAGCACAUAAUAGCAUUGCAUUAUGACAUCAAAAUAACACUUCCUAUGACUGUCGAAAACUAUAUUUUUUAUGGCAAAUCCAACAUUAACAUUAUUGUACGUGACCCUACGCAGCAAAUAGAUUUGCAUUCAGCGUUUGUAAACGUAAAUGAACCGGUUAAAUUAAUUCACGAAAUAACAAAAAAGUUUUAUUUAUCGUCGACUUAUUCUUGUCGUUAUCUAUCGUUUAUUUGUUCCUUAUUUUUUAAUGAAUUGAUAACGAUUGGUUCUUACAUACUCGAACUGAAGUACAAUGGUACUAUAAUUAGUCACGAAAAUGUUGAUGGCUUUAUCAUAACUUCGUAUAAAGAUGGUGAACAGAAUCUUAAAUGGAUUUACUCAGCAGGUGACUUUCAGAAUACUAUCGGAGUGCAAUAUGUAUUUCCAGUUAUAAGUGAUUUAAUGUUUAAAGCCACAUUUGACAUCAUCGUUGAUCAUCCAAAACAUUAUACUGCUUUAUCAAAUAUGCCAGUAGCAAGCAUAAAGAUCAUUAAAGCUGGUGUAAUAAGGUCAAAUUUUCGAACUACUCCUGCAAUACACCCCUAUCAUGUCGCAAUUAUAGUGGCCGAUUUGAUUACGCUUUAUUCUAAGAAAGCAUACGUUCCGCUGUUGUACAGCGGAGAUUUAACAAUAGCAAGACAGCUGUAUUUUGCUUUGAACGUUGCUGAAAAUACUACUAUAUAUUUGAAAGAUAAAUAUUUCCAGAAUAUGAAUAAUAUAUCACAAACGAAUUGUGUAGCAAUUCCGUACUAUCGAGACGACGGCUUGCCAAAUUUGGGACUCAUUUUGUAUAGUCAAGAAGCUAUUAGCUAUAUUGAGGAAUUGAAUUCUAUUCAGCGCAAGACAGAAGUUGCAGCCUUAGUAGCACGUAAAGUGGCAAAUCAAUUUCUUAAUAAAAUCACCCUAUCUAGUUGGUCUGACAUAUGGAUAAACGAGGGCAUUGCAACAUUUUUGGGAAUGCAUGUUGUCGACAAGAUUUUCACAGAUCUUCAAAUAAUGGAUUUAUUCGUAGUUUGGACUCGAUGUGAAUCUCUUCAUUUGGAAUCUGUCACUAAUAUGCCAUCUAUUGUAUUUCAAAUUAAAGAACCCUAUGACAUCAAAUUCUUUUCUUCUUUUCGUUACAAUAAAGAACAUUUAAAUAAUUUAUCAUAUACUUUAAUCAUUGUAGCGUUCGCUUUAUUGCGCAUGUUAUAUCAUAUGAUUUCCGACGAGGUAUUUCGAAAGGGUAUCUGCAAUUAUUUAAACAACCAGGUAGAUCAUAUCGGCAAUAUCGGAGAAUUGCAACAUUCCAGCAAUGUUGCAAUAACAUUGGAAACGUUACACCAAUGUUGCUGCAACUUACGGUGCUGUAUGAGCGAUGUGUCUGUUAAAUCAACACCUGCCGACGAUUUAUGGGCCGUUAUGCAAACUGCUCUGAAUGAAUCUAAUCACAAAAACGGAUUGAACAUAAAAAAGAUGAUGAACUUUUGGAUAACACAAGAUCAAUAUCCUAUAUUAAAAGCGACACGAAAUUAUAAUGAUGGUAGCACGGUAAUAUGGGCAGAAAUACAUAAUAUAUCUAAACUGCACGAAUGGUUGAUACCUGUGACCUACACUACGCAAACGGAGCUUAAUUUUAACAUUACACCUUUCUUCCAAGAAUGGAUAACCUCUGAACAGUCUUUUAUACACUUACCAUCAAUUGAUGUAAAUGAUUGGAUUAUAGUCAACUUACAACAACUUGGAUAUUAUCGUGUCAUGUACGAUAGGAAAAAUUGGCUAAAACUUGCAAGCUAUCUAAAUUCGGAUAAAUAUAAUAAGAUACAUGUUGUAAAUCGUGCGCAAAUCAUUGAUGAUGCAUAUUAUUUUUUUAUGAGGGACCAACUCGGUUGUGAUAUAUUUAAAGAACUUACACAAUACCUAUCGCAAGAAACAGAUUAUAUACCAUGGUAUCCUAUGUUUAAUAUUUUUAGAAACAUUUUAAAUUACUCAAAUAUAUUUUCACAUCCAGAAGCUUCAUCUAUGAAGGAACAUAUGCGAAAAAUCAUGUACGAUCUUCUUGAAAAGAUUGGAUACGUCAAUCGAGUUAACGAUAAUAUUCAUAUAAUAUCUUUGAGAGAAGAAGCUGCGGAAUGGGCAUGUUUCUUUGGUGAUGACACUUGUAGAAAAAGAGCUUAUAAAGAAUUACAAGACUACAUGACUCUCGUUACUAAACACAAAUGGUUAUUCAUAGCUGAUUUCCAAGGGGUUGGGGUCCGACAGAUAUUUCCGUGCUGGGAUGAGCCGAAUAUCAGGAAUUUUACUAUUUUCAUAAAGCAUGGUCGAUAUAGGGCUUUAUCGGAUACAAAAGUUACUAACAUGUUCAGCGUUAAACAUGAAAAGAAUUGGACACGUUUCAAACCAACCGUUAAAAUAUUUCCUCACAAUGUACUGAUUGUAUUGCACGGUCUUAAACAAGUUAAUGACUCAAACAUAUGGUGUAGAGAACAAGUAAAACAAAACAUGACAUUCUUACAGUCAAUUGCUAAGAAUACCGCACUUUAUUUAAAAUUAAAAUUGGAAGAUAUAAUACAUCCACAAUCAGUGACCCAUGUUGUAGUUCCGGGUUUUCUAGACUCAGGCAAGCAAAGUUGGGGAAUUAUCCUUUAUAGAGAGACAGAUGUUCUCUACGAUGAAAAAUUAGAUUUUAUUGCUUGGAAAUUGGAAGUAGCAUUCAUGAUAGCACGUAAAAUCGCACAUGAAUACGUUGGCAAUCUCAUAGCCCAACCUUCGUGGUUUCAUUUUUGGCUAAACGAGGGUAUUGCUACAUUUAUGGCAAUGAAGACAGUCGAUCAGCACUUCUCAACAGUAUAUUCCAAAUUAAUGGAUUUAUUUGAUGUAAAAUUUCAACAUGAGUCUCUCCGUUUGAAUGAUUAUUAUAAUAUGUCUCUCAUAUACGAAAUUGAUACACCAUCUGAUAUUGAUUCAAUUUUUUCUUUAACUCAUUAUAUUAAAGCACCUGUCUUUAUACGUUCAUUGGAUAAAAUUCUACCUGAUGAUAUACUUCGUAUAAGUAUCGACGAUUAUAUAUCAAAACACAAGUUUAAAUCUAUCGAUACUAAGACUACUGCUCUCGAAAAGUUUUUUGCUGCCAUAAAAUAUAAUCUAAUGGGUGAUGAAUCUAAUUAUAUGGACGUAAUGAAGAUAUUCACUCAAUGGACAAAACAAGAGCGCUAUCCCGUGUUGAAGGUGCAGCGAAUACCUUUCCAAAACAAGUUUAAAAUAUAUGUAGUUGAAUCAUGCCCCGAAAAUUUUCCGAUACCUGUAACUUAUAUUGAACAGAGGAAUCCUUAUGUUAUGCAUAACGCAUGGCUAAACAAGCCAGAUUCAGAUUUAUUUGUUUACAUUUACGAUAGCGACUGGAUCAUUGUCAAUAUACAACAAACUGGAUACUAUCGUGUUAAUUACGACGACGAUCUUUGGCAAAAACUUGGAGUCUAUCUAAAUUUAACGGAAUAUUUUAAUAUACAAGUUCUGAAUCGUGCUCAAAUCAUAGAUGAUGCAUAUUAUUUUUUGUCAACAAACAAACUUGAUUUCAAGCUAUUCAAAACACUCACGUAUUAUUUAUCAAAAGAGACAGAUUAUAUAGCGUGGUAUCCUAUGUUCAAAAUUUUAGAACAGAUGUCGGGCUUUUUCCCAUUUCUACAAAGUUUCGAAGUUAAGGAACACUUCCGGAAAAUCUUGGUAUUUCUUCUCUGUAACAUAGGCUACGUCGACUUGAAGAAUGACAAUGAUUUUACUAAAUGCUUAAGGCACGAAGCCGUAAAAUGGGCAUGUGUUCUGAAUUCUCAAGAAUGUAUGGUUGUUGCCACUUUUGAUUUGAUACGGUUAUACGAAAAGUCAAAAUUACAUCAAACUUUUCCGGGAUGGAAGGAAUGGACUUAUUGUAAAGGAAUAAUGAAAGCGAAUAAUAUAACUUGGAACAAAGUGUUGAAUGAGAAAAAAACACCAUUAAACAAUCAACUUUUAGAAUUUUUAGCGUGCUCUAAAUCUGAUACUAUCAUCAUCGGCUAUAUCAAUCUUUUGAAGUUGAGAUAUUUUACUGAUGUAAAGCAGUGCAUUGUAAUUUUUCAUUCUAUUAUUGCAAAACAUAUAGACAAUGAUUUAGUCUUUAAGUAUAUACUACAAAAUUUUGAAGAAAUAGUACCCAGGUAA